AUGGCUAUCGAAGUUGAUGAAGAAACCCUGAAAAUUGCCAAGGAAUUUCAGAAAAAAAAUGAAGAAGAAAUAAAAUCAAAAAAAUUAAAACCCGAAUCUAUAAAAUUAGAUAACCCAAGUUCAAAUUUAAUAAAAAUAAAUGAAGCAUCAUGUAGAGGAAGAAUAAAAAUAUGUAAUCUUUUAAAUGUGCCAAUAAGUGAAGUCGAAUAUAAUAAUAAAGAUAAAAUUGAAAAAAAUAAAUAUAUUGAUCAAUUAGUAGUUGUAUGUGGAUGGAGUAAAGCUGUUAGGAAGCAAGGAGGUGGAAGAUUCUGUUUUGUAAACUUAAAUGAUGGAUCAUGUCAUUUAAAUUUACAAAUAGUUGUGAAUCAAAAUAUAGAUAACUAUGAUAAAUUAUUAAAAUGUGGAAUUGGAUGUUGUUUUAGGUUUACUGGUACUUUAAUUUUAUCUCCGGUGCAAAAUACAGAAAAAAAAGGAUUAUUAAAUGAAAAUGUUGAAUUAACAUUAACAGAUAAUUCUAUACAUAGUUUUGAAAUAUAUGGAGAAAAUUUAGAUCCCCAAAAAUAUCCACUUUCAAAAAAAAAUCAUGGAAAAGAAUUUUUAAGAGAAGUAGCACAUCUGCGACCUCGUAGUUAUUUUAUAAGUUCUGUAAUGCGAAUACGAAAUGCUUUAAUGCUAUCUACACAUCUAUUUUUUCAAAGUAGAGGAUUUAUAUGUAUUCACACACCUUUGAUAACUGCUUCUGAUUGUGAAGGAGGUGGGGAAAUGUUUACAGUAACAACCCUUUUUAAUGAACAUGGUGAUAUUAGUUCAAUUCCUAAAACAAAAAAAAAAAUAAACAAUAAUGAAACAGGAAAAAGAGAAGAUAAAAAUACAAAUGAAUUAGAAACAAAUAAUACAAAUCAAUAUAUAGUUGAUUUUAAAAAAGAUUUUUUUAGUAAACAAGCAUUCUUAACAGUAAGUGGGCAAUUAUCCCUUGAAAAUUUAUGUUCUUCUAUGGGUGAUGUAUAUACUUUUGGACCAACAUUUAGAGCAGAAAAUUCACAUACAUCUAGACAUUUAGCUGAAUUUUGGAUGAUUGAACCAGAAAUGGCAUUUGCUGAUAUAUAUGAUAAUAUGGAAUUAGCUGAAGCUUAUAUUAAAUAUUGUAUUCGUUAUGUAUUAAAUAAUAAUUUUCAUGAUAUAUAUUAUUUUGAAGAAAAUGUUGAAAAAGGAUUAAUAGAAAGAUUGAAAAAUAUUUUAAAUGACGAUUUUGCAAAAAUUACUUAUACAAAUGCUAUAGAAUUAUUAACAAAAUAUUCUAACAAUUUUGAUAUACCAGUUAAAUGGGGUAUGGAUUUACAAUCAGAACAUGAACGAUUUAUUUCUGAACAAAUUUUCAAAAAACCAGUUAUUGUAUAUAAUUAUCCUAAAGACUUAAAAGCUUUUUAUAUGAAAUUAAAUGACGAUAAUAAAACAGUUGCAGCUAUGGAUGUACUUGUUCCAAAAAUUGGAGAAGUUAUUGGUGGAUCACAAAGGGAAGAUAAUUUAGAAUUAUUAGAUAAAAUGAUAAUUGAAAAAAAAUUAAAUAUUGAAAGUUAUUGGUGGUAUAGACAAUUAAGAAAAUAUGGAACACAUCCUCAUUCUGGAUUUGGUUUAGGAUUUGAAAGGUUAAUUAUGUUAGUUACGGGUGUUGAUAACAUUAAAGAUACGAUUCCUUUCCCAAGAUAUCAUGGGCAUGCUGAGUUUUAG